AUGUCGUUCUCAACGUCUGCCAAUUUUAUGUUCCUCAAUCAGUUUUCGGCAGAAGUAAACGGCGGCCUGGCCCACGGCCACAGCAUCAGCCAGGCGCUGCAAUUUUCCGCUGCAAUGUCCGUCAUGUCCAACGAUGCCCCCGUCACUAGUGGCGGCAGCCCAUACUUUAUCGGCAACCCGCUCGUGUCCAACACUGGUAACAGCAUGUACUCCCCAAAAUCCAGCGUUAUGCUCAUCGACUCGCAGCACCAGCGCAAGCACUCCACAACCAUGGGUAACUCCGUAUCCGCGACCCUCGCAGCGGCGUCCCUGGGCGGACCCAUAGGCUCUGACCGGAACCGGUCACCAAGCAGCCCGCGGUCAGUCUCCAGCGUCGACAAUGCCCAGAGACGCGCCACUCACAAUGCCAUCGAACGCGCGCGCCGUGAACAGCUCAACGGACAGUUCCAGGACCUGGCGUCCGCUGUCCCUUCGCUCAUACACGUGCGGCGGCCAAGCAAGGCUACGAUUGUGGAGAAGUCGCUCGAUUACAUUCGCUCGUUCAAGGAGCAUUUGGGCAACCGCGAUCAGUACAUUAAGAAGCUACAGCUGCGCAACCUGGCGCUGCACGACGAGGUCAACCGCAUGCGCAAGCAGCUCGGGCUCGAGCCCAUGUCGAAUAGCGCUGAUGGCAGUAUUCUCGAUGUGUCGCUGCCCACUGUUGAGGAGAUCGCCAUGUGCAAGAGGGCCGCGAUGGCCAGCAGCCCUUCAAACAAGACGGCCGUGGAGGAUGAUGAUGAGGAGGAGGAUACCGAUGCGGUGUCGCCUUCGACUUCUACUGCAAUGAAAUCCCUGAUUGCCGAGCAUAGACAGCAGCAGCAGCUUAUGCUGCGCAAGAGGCGCCAGCAGAGCCUUGACCUCGGCAUCGUCUCGGAACACAGCAUUGGCCGGCCAGCGCUCCGCGUGUUCACAGGCAACAUCACCCAAGGCUCCAACUCGCCCAGCCCCGUCAAUAGUGGCAACAACAACUCCUCAGGAAACUCGCCUCUGCACAUUUCCCCGCUUUCGGCACCAAUCCUAACGACCCGUCCGCCACAGCUUCCCUUGCCCGUGAGCAACGGCGUGCACAACCUUUUCAUGAACAAUAAUGCCCCAAUGGGAUUGCCAAUGAUGCUUGAGUCGUCUUCGGCAAUGCACAUUGACUCCAACAACCAGUCGGCCGCCGCCGCUGCUGCUGCCUUUGUGGCACACUCGAACGCAGCACAACAACAGGCGCUGGCUGUGAUGACCUCUGUGGCGCCCUUGACUGCUGAACAAUUCAACAGCGUCAUGGGCAUGAACCCCUCGGGUGUCUCGCCCGAUAUUUCGUCGAUGCAGGUCAAUUCGAUGGGGUAUAUGGGCCAGCACCCCGGCGCUGCCAUGGAUGUUUCCGACAUGAACAAGCUUAACGAGAUCUUCGCCGCCAAUUCGCCGUCGACGGCCGUUGAUGGCCUGUCUCUGAUGGCUACAUGCGAUAUGUCGGACCCAUCCAUGCAAGUGACAUCUGCCUCGCAGUUUGACGCCAGCGUCUACCUUUGA